AUGAGAGCUACCAUUUUAACCGUCGCCCUGGUCUUCGCAACCUGUCUUCUGAGGAGCAGCGAGGCGGUGACCUGCACCGCUGAUGCCACCGUGACCGGUUGCAUUGACUGCACCACCAAUCCCACGGAUGCGGAGUGCGUGGCCGAGGCAGCUGCUGAAGAUACCACUAGUACCACCACCACCACAACCACUGUGGCACCCGACACGGCUUCGUCAACCACUGUGGCAAGCACCACAGUGUCGUCUGCCUCCAGCGGAUCCUCGUCCUCCUCCACUGGAAAGCGGAAGAUCGUACGAAUCAGCAAUCUGACAUACAGCAACACGCGCCGAGUUCGCGUCUAUAAAAACAAUUCGAGGAGCAACCAAAAUCGCCGGAACAACGCAAACAGGAACAACAACAGAAACAGGAGCAACAGAAACGUUCGUGUUAUCAUCGGCUAG